GAGCCCGACUGCAUGUUUUUUUUUUUCAUGACAGCGCUCCACCAUCAGUGUGCCGCUGCACUUGAAGAAAGGGGGAAGCCGGUCUGGAGCUUCUCGUCAGGCCGCCACAGUCAUCGUCACUCCUCCCCCACAUGGAGCUGUAAUAGUGCGAGCGCACACACUUUUUUCAGGGGGAUUUAUUUGAAUUGAAACUUUCUCAAUUUACCCACCAAAGUUCGUGCAGCAGCCGCGCGGGCGAUCACCAUGGAGACGCAAAGGCGGCCCGCCAGGUGGAGGACGAAAAGGUGGCUGCGGUGGUCCACGCUCGCCGCUGUCGUGCUCGUUAUAAUUCUACAAACUGCCGCUGUCAGAGCAGCCGAGCCAGUGGACGUCCUGAAGGCUUUGGACUUCAAGAGCUCACCGCAAGGCGUCAAGAAAACGCCCGGCUUCUGCACAAUGCGCCGAGGCUCCAAACCCGAUAUUGCUUACCGAGUGAACAAGAACGCUCAGAUCAGCAGUCCGACCAAGCAGCUCUUCCCAGGCGGAGUUUUUCCAGAAGACUUCUCCAUCAUGUUCACCGUCAAGCCCAAAUCAGGCCUACAGUCCUUCCUGCUGUCCAUGUACAACCAGCAGGGCAUCCAGCAGUUGGGCGUGGAGGUGGGCCGCUCACCCAUCUUCCUGUACGAGGACCAGCACGGAAAACCGGCCCCUGAGGAAUACCCCCUGUUCCGCUCUAUCAACCUGGCCGACGGCAAGUGGCAUCGUGUGGCCAUCAGUGUGGAGAAGAAGAGCGUCACCAUGAUUGUGGACUGUAAGAGAAAGGUGAAGAAGACGCUAGCCAGAGGAGAGGGGGCAGCCAUUAACACGGAAGGCAUCACAGUCUUCGGCACCAGGAUCCUGGACGAGCAAGUCUUUGAGGGUGACAUCCAGCAGCUGCUGAUCGUGGCAGACCCCCGGGCCGCCUAUGACUACUGUGAACAUUACAGUCCCGACUGUGAAACCCCCAACCACAGGGAUACCCCCCAAGCCCAGGAACCUGAGGAAGAGUACACUAACUAUGAUUAUGCUGAGUUAUAUGACUACAGCGAAGGAGCGCUCACCACUGAACCUGCCCCAACUGAAGGAGCCAAGACCGAGACCGUUGUAGAUGGCGACUACUUCACCGAUUACGACUACAGCAUCGUGGAUGGAAGUCAGCCUGAAACUCCCACGGCGGGCCAGACAUAUGAAGAGGAAAAUGUGGACGACUACAUCACCGGUGUGGAACAGGUCGGGGCGGACCCCACUCCCGCGGCGGCAACCGUCGCCCCGGUGGACACCGACGACAACGUGGACGCCGGCACCAACAACUAUGAAUUCAAGGAGUACGACUUGAAUGAAGGCGAGGAGACCCAGGAGACGCCCUACGACUACAGCGACUACGGCGACUACGUUGCUCCAACCGACACCAAGAAAUCCAUGGGCGAGGAGGACUUUGGCCCCGGCGUUGCGGCCGAAACCGACUUCAGGGAGAGCGGCGUGGGAGGAAGUCAAAGUUACCUGGGAGAGAAAGGAGAGAAGGGAGAACCUGCCGUUAUUGAACCUGGUAUGCUUAUAGAAGGACCCCAAGGAUCCCCCGGCCAGGCAGGUGUCCCGGGUACCCCGGGACUGCAGGGUCCCCCAGGACCUCCUGGAGAUCCUGGUGCGAGGGGUCUUCCAGGACGACCUGGAAUUCCAGGUUCGGACGGAAUCCCAGGGCCUGCAGGUACCAUUCUGAUGCUUCCAUUCCGAGCAGGCGGCGAAGCACACAAGGGACCCGUGGUGUCAGCACAAGAGGCUCAGGCUCAGGCCAUCCUUUCCCAGGCCAGGCUGGCCAUGAGAGGUCCACCAGGGCCAGCGGGCUUGGCGGGAAGGUCCGGUCCCGUGGGCAGUCCUGGAGCUCCCGGUCUUAAAGGGGACAGUGGAGAUAACGGACCACAGGGCCCCAGAGGUCUUCAGGGUCCUACUGGUCCUCCGGGAAAGCCAGGCAAGCGAGGUCGUAACGGAGCUGACGGUUCACGAGGAAUGCCAGGAGAGCCCGGGACCAAGGGUGACCGAGGUUUCGACGGCCUUCCCGGUCUCCCCGGAGAGAAGGGCCAUCGGGGGGAGCAUGGUCCGACAGGGCCUCCAGGACCUCCAGGAGAAGACGGGCCAAGAGGGGAAGACGGCCAGGUUGGACAGAGAGGUGUGGCUGGAGAGGCCGGUCCUCGAGGUUUGCUGGGCCCCAGAGGUUCGGCGGGGCCUGCAGGACAACGUGGCCUUCCCGGAAUUGACGGUCAAGCGGGUCCCAAAGGAAACAUGGGUGUACAAGGAGAGCCCGGUCCUCCCGGACAGCAGGGUGUGCCUGGUCCUCACGGUCUCAUUGGGCCUCAAGGUCCGAUCGGGCCUCCCGGUGAAAAAGGACCUCAAGGAAAACAGGGGUUGGCCGGUCUUGCUGGUGCUGAUGGGCCUCCAGGUCACCCUGGUAAAGAGGGUCCUCCAGGCGAGAAAGGCGCAGCUGGUUUACCCGGACCAAUGGGAUCCAUCGGCUACCCCGGACCUCGUGGCGUCAAGGGGGCAGAGGGAAUCCGAGGCCUGAAAGGUGGCAAAGGAGAGAAGGGAGAAGAUGGGUUCCCUGGCUUCAAAGGCGAUAUGGGGCUCAAGGGCGACAAGGGUGAGGGGGGUGUAACAGGACCCCGCGGAGAAGACGGACCUGAGGGCCCCAAGGGCACAUCGGGACCCAACGGAGAUUCCGGUCCCAUCGGUCCAGCUGGAGAGAAGGGAAAGCUUGGAGUGCCCGGUUUGCCCGGAUACCCUGGAAGACAAGGUUCCAAAGGCUCCAAUGGCUUCCCCGGUUUCGCCGGAUCCAAUGGCGAGAAAGGCACAAGGGGAGUUGCUGGCAAAUCCGGACCUCGAGGCCAACGCGGCCCAACGGGUCCACGCGGUGGGCGUGGUGCCAGAGGACCUACAGGAAAACCAGGAGCAAAGGGCACCUCCGGCAGUGAUGGGCCUUCAGGACCGCCCGGGGAGAGGGGUCCUCAAGGACCACAAGGACCUGUCGGCUUCCCCGGACCAAAGGGACCCAAUGGCCCCCCAGGAAAAGACGGGCUGCCAGGUCAUCCAGGACAGAGAGGAGAGACGGGCUUCCAAGGAAAGACCGGACCACCAGGACCUGGAGGCGUGGUUGGACCUCAAGGUCCAACCGGAGAGACUGGACCUAGCGGAGAGCGAGGACACCCAGGUUCCCCAGGCCCACCUGGAGAGCAAGGUUUGCCAGGUGCUGCUGGAAAGGAGGGUGGAAAGGGAGAUCCUGGUCCUCAGGGGCCCGGCGGUAAGCCAGGUCCUGCAGGUCUGCGGGGCUUCCAGGGAGCGAGAGGUCUUCCAGGCGCCAUGGGUCCAGCUGGCUUAAAGGGAGGAGAGGGUCCCCAGGGUGCCCCAGGCCCCAUCGGUUCCCCAGGCGAGAGAGGCGCGGCUGGCCCCGGAGGUCCCAUCGGCCUGACUGGACGCAAUGGACCCCAGGGGCCACCAGGACCGGCUGGCGAAAAGGGAGCUCCCGGAGAGAAAGGUCCCAUGGGCCCCGCUGGCCGCGAUGGCAUCCAAGGUCCCGUCGGACUUCCCGGUUCAGCUGGACCUCAGGGCCCGCCGGGAGAGGAUGGUGACAAGGGAGAGGUUGGCGGACCUGGACAGAAGGGAGGCAAAGGAGACAAGGGCGAACUUGGUCCACCAGGCCCCAGUGGUCUUCAGGGUGUGAUCGGAGCUCCCGGUCCAGCUGGCAGCGACGGCGAAGCCGGACCCCGCGGACAACAGGGAAUGUUUGGCCAGAAAGGAGACGAAGGAUCCAGAGGCUUCCCCGGUCUUCCGGGACCCAUCGGACUACAGGGUUUGCCCGGCCCCCCGGGCGAAAAGGGAGAGAAUGGAGACGUCGGAGCCAUGGGUCCUCCUGGACCUCCAGGCCCCCGUGGCCCCCAGGGACCAGGCGGAGCCAGCGGAGCUCAAGGGCCCCCCGGUGGUAUUGGAGGUCCAGGAGCUGUCGGUGAGAAGGGAGAAACUGGUGAGGCCGGCAACCCAGGAGCACCUGGAGAGCCAGGUUCAGCUGGCUUGCGAGGAGAGACUGGGGAGAAGGGUGAAUCUGGUCCACCCGGAGCCGCUGGACCCGCCGGAGCCCGCGGACCCCCUGGAGAUGACGGCCCCAAGGGUAACUCUGGCCCUGUUGGCUUCCCAGGAGACCCUGGUCCUCCUGGUGAGCCUGGUGCUGCUGGACUUGAUGGUCUAGCGGGUGACAAGGGAGACGAUGGAGAGGCUGGUCAACCGGGUCCCCCAGGUCCUUCUGGUGAGGCCGGAGUACCAGGACCUCCUGGCAAACGGGGACCCAUUGGACCAGCGGGACAGGAAGGACGACAAGGCGAGAAGGGAUCCAAGGGCGAAGCCGGAGCUGAAGGACCUCCUGGAAAGACCGGUCCUGUGGGAGCCCAAGGACCCACUGGAAAGCCUGGUGCUGAGGGUCUUCGAGGAAUCCCCGGCCCUGUCGGUGAGCAAGGACUUCCUGGUGCCUCUGGAAAAGACGGACCUCCUGGACCCCUUGGACCACCUGGACUUCCUGGUAUGAAAGGCGACUCUGGAUUUAAGGGAGAGAAGGGUCACCCCGGUCUCAUCGGUCUCAUCGGACCCCCUGGAGACUCUGGAGAGAAGGGAGACAGAGGUCUGCCCGGACUGCAGGGUCCCGCUGGUGGCAAGGGUGAAUCUGGUAUUAUGGGUCCUCAUGGACCUCUCGGUCCUCCUGGUCCUCCUGGUAUUCCUGGCACUCAUGGGCAAAAAGGUUCCAAGGGAUCACUCGGUGCAGCAGGUCAGAAAGGAGACCCCGGACUGAUGGGACCACCUGGCCCCCCUGGCCCGGCCGGUGACAUCAUCCAGUCGCUGCCAAUCCAGCGUGUGUCCAGGAAGAACAAGCGGCACGCCGAGGAACAGGCGGACGAGCCGGACGACGACUACAGCAUCGACGGGCUGGCCAUGGAGGACGUGUUUGGCUCCCUCAACAACCUCAAGCAAGACAUCGAGCGUAUGAAGUUCCCUCUGGGCACCGCCGACAAUCCCGCCCGCACCUGCAAUGACCUGCGCCUCAGCCAGCCCGACUUCCCAGAUGGUGAAUACUGGAUCGAUCCCAACCAGGGCUGCGUAGGAGACGCCAUCAAAGUGUUCUGUAACUUCACGGCGGGCGGCGAGACGUGUAUCAAUCCCGACAAGAAGUCCUCGGGGGUCAGAAUAUCCAACUGGCCCAAGGAGACGCCCGGUUCCUGGUUCAGUGAAUUCAAACGUGGAAAAAUCCUGAACUACGUGGACGUGGCGGAGAACAGCAUCAACGCCGUGCAGAUGACCUUCCUGAAGCUGCUGAGCUCAUCGGCGCGCCAGAACUUUUCCUACGUGUGCCACCAGUCGGCGGCGUGGUACGACGCCAAGGCCGACAGCUACGACAAGGCUCUGCGCUUCCUGGGCUCCAACGACGAGGAGAUGUCGCACGACAACAGUGCCUUUAUCAAACCGCUCGUCGACGGCUGCGCUUCCAAGCAGGGCUACUCCAAGACAGUUUUGGAGAUCAACACCCCUCGCAUCGACCAGCUGCCCAUCCUGGACGUCAUGCUAAACGACUUCGGCGACUCCAACCAGAGGUUCGGCUUCGAAGUCGGCCCAGUCUGCUUCCUUGGCUAGACACCCCAAACCUCGCCCCCGCCCCCCUCUGAGAAACCCCUCCUGACCCCCGCCUGCCACCUUAUGCCCCCACCCCUCCCCCCCCCCCAACCGACGGACAGGGUCGGCGGGCGCAAAGCAAAGAAGAUGAAAGAGUGUGGUCACGUCCCCCCCCCCACCUUGUGGGGUCGCAACCAUGUGACUGAGAUGUAAGUCAGGAGCGGGAAGAGGGGGGGAAAAAAAGGAAAAAAGGGAAAAAGGACUUUUGAUGGCGUGGCAGGCGGACGCGCUCGACCACAGACGUGCGUUGUCGCAAAACACUCAAGGUGCUACACAAAUUGCUUUUUGAUGAAACUGUAAUUAUUAUAAUAAUUAUUAUUAUUUUGUACAAUAUUGUGCCUUUCUGAAUCCAACAUCCUUAAGAGACUUUGCAUGUGUCCCGGCCCGUAAAUUGUUUUAUUCAAUGUUAAAACUGUACAACCAGGACAUCAAGCACAUUGGACGAAAUUUGUAAGUAUCAAAAUAUUUGUAAAUAAAAUUGCCUAUUAUGACAACAAGCAAAAAGUGCAACACCAAAGACAUUUUAGUAUUUUUUUUUCAUGACGUAAAGCAAAGUCGAGCCAGAAUAAAUAGUAAUAUAAAUACUGUCCAAAAGUUCUUAUCCUUAUCUAUAGCCUAAAUCUGGGCCAUAUUUGUCUGUUCUAGAAUACAUGAAGUUGGGGGGUUUCCCCGUUUUCUUUCAUGUUAAUUUACCACCAAACAGCCUUGUUGACUUAUUGUGUGCCUUUAAAAAAUAUUAAAACUGGAUUCUGAAACUGGA